UUUUCUUUCCAAAUUCCCCAAAUUUUAUAACAAUUUCCCGAAUUUUAUAACAUGUCAGUCGAAUUGAACCAAGUUUUUCAACGUUGCCACGAACAAAAACGACCAGCUUUUGUAGCCUUUGUAACAGCUGGUUAUCCGGAUCCGGAAGAAACUGUUGAUAUAUUAUUAGGGCUUGAAGCUGGUGGAGCAGAUAUCAUUGAAUUAGGUAUCCCUUUCACCGAUCCUAUGGUCGAUGGCAAAACAAUUCAAGAAGCAAAUAACGUUGCACUCGAAAAUAAAGUAGACAUUACGAAAUGUUUAUCAUAUGUAUCUGAAUCAAGAGCUAAAGGACUUAAAAUUCCAAUUGUAUUCAUGGGAUAUUAUAAUCCGAUUCUUGCUUAUGGUGAAGAAAAAAUUGUUGAUGAAUGUAAAAGAGUCGGUAUCAAUGGAAAUAUCGUAGUUGAUCUACCUCCUGAAGAAUGUGAAAAGUUUAGAACCCUUUGUAAAGGGAAAGGUCUAAGUUAUAUACCACUUGUCGCUCCUUCGACUACUGACGCGCGUAUACGUCACCUUGCAAGUGUUGCAGAUACUUUUAUAUACGUGGUGUCAAGAAUGGGAGUUACGGGUUCAGAAAUUCUUAAUAAGGAAUUACCAAAAAUAGUUGCAAAAGUCCGUAAAUGUACAAAAUUACCACUUGCUGUCGGUUUUGGUGUAACCACAAGAGAAGAUUUUAAAAUGGUUGGUUUACAUGCUGAUGGUGUUGUGAUUGGUAGCAAGAUCAUUAAUAUCUUGAAGUCAGCACCCAAAGGUAAAAGAGCCGAAGCCGUAAAAUCGUACGCAUUGGAAGUUAGUGGCAGGAGUGUUGAAGAAGUUAAAGAAGCAUAUGUUGGAAAAACAGAAUUUAAUAAUACUCAAAGCAUUCAGAAUGUCGAUGAUAAUGCUACUUCACUUCAUGCAUUAGAUGCUCGAUUUGGUAAUUUUGGAGGUCAAUAUGUUCCAGAGGCUUUGAUCGAAUGUUUAUCUGAACUUGAAAAAGUUUUUGUACAAGUAAAAGAUGAUCCAGAAUUCUGGAAAGAAUUUCGAUCAUAUUAUGAUUAUAUGGGUAGAGAAUCACAAUUACAAUUCGCAGAUAGAUUAACAGCAGAUGUUGGGGGUGCAAAAAUUUGGUUAAAAAGGGAAGAUUUAAAUCAUACAGGAUCUCAUAAGAUUAAUAAUGCAGUUGGACAAGUAUUAUUAGCAAAACGUAUUGGUAAGAAAAGAAUUAUUGCCGAAACUGGAGCCGGACAACAUGGUGUUGCUACCGCGACUGUUUGUGCAAAAUUUGGAUUAGAAUGUGUUGUUUAUAUGGGUGCCGAAGAUGUUAGAAGACAAGCUUUAAACGUUUUUAGAAUGCGAUUAUUAGGAGCUAAAGUUGUUUCUGUAGAAUCAGGAAGUAAAACAUUGAAAGAUGCUAUUAAUGAAGCUACUAGAGAUUGGGUAUCCACCGUUGAAUAUACACAUUAUUUAAUUGGUUCAGCAAUUGGACCUCAUCCGUUCCCAACAAUUGUAAGAGAAUUCCAAAGUGUAAUUGGAAAAGAAUCUAAAGCACAAAUGCUAGAAAAAGCUGGUAAAUUACCUGAUGCGGUUGUUGCUUGUGUUGGUGGAGGAAGUAAUGCUAUUGGAAUGUUUCAUCCUUUUGUCAAUGAUAAAAGUGUAAAAAUUAUAGGAGUUGAAGCUGGUGGAGAUGGAACGGAUACCGAAUUGCACUCAGCAACUUUAUCCAUGGGUACACCUGGAGUGUUACAUGGAACACGUACUUAUUUAUUACAAGAUAAUAAGGGUCAAAUCAAAUCUACACAUAGUAUUAGUGCAGGAUUAGAUUAUCCUGGUGUAGGACCUGAACAUUCAUGGCUUAAAGAUAUAGGUCGUGCAAAUUAUGUUGCUGUUUCUGAUAAAGAAGCUUUAAUUGGGUUUAGGAAACUUUCAGAGUUGGAAGGAAUUAUUCCUGCUCUUGAAUCAAGUCACGCUAUUUAUUAUGCUUUGCAACUUGCAUCUUCAAUGAAUAAAGAUCAAGAUAUUUUAGUAUGUCUUAGUGGUCGUGGUGAUAAAGAUGUUGUAUCCGUUGCCGAAGCUUUACCUAAAUAUGGUCCCCAAAUUGAUUGGGAUCUUAGAUUCGAAUCUUACAAUUAAAUUUACAUGUUAUUUAAAUUAUUUGCUUUCUAAAUUAGAAACAAAAUU